AGCAUUAUUGGAAUGCGAGUCCUCUAUGGAGCAUUGGCCGUUGAAUUUCUUAACCAUUACUCUCCUGCCUUUUAAAUAGUUGAUUGCACACCAAUCUUCGUCUUUUUCUCUCACGUUCAUUUUUGUGAUGUUUGAUACACUCUUUUAUGGUGAUUGUGAUCCAUUGACAUAUGAAGAAGCUAAUAAAGAAGAAAAGUGGCAAAAAGCCAUGCAGAAGAAAUUGGUUCUAUUAAAAGGAACAAGACUUGGGAGUUGACAGAUCUUCCAGAAUGGCAUAAAACGAUUGGUGUUAAGUGGAUUUACAAAACAAAGCUCAAAGAGAAUGGGGAGGUUGAUAAAUUCAAAGCUCGCUUGGUGGCAAAGGGUUACAAGCAAGAGUUUGGCAUUGAUUAUCAAGAGGUUUUUACUCCAAUUGCAAGGAUGGAUACCAUUAGAUUGGUGAUUGCAUUGGCAGCACAGAACUCAUGGCUGACCUACCAGUUUGAUGUGAAAUCGGCCUUAUUGCAUGGAAAUUUGCAAGAACAGGUAUUUAUUGAUCAACCUCUUGAUUAUGUAAAAUCUGGUUCUAAGCAUAAAGUUUACAAACUGAAGAAAGCAUUAUAUGGACUAAAACAAGCACCUAGAGCUUGGUAUAGUCGAAUUGAUGCUUAUUUCUUGAAGGAAGGUUUUCAAAAGUGCCUUUAUGAGCAUACACUUUACAUCAAAUUUGGAGAUGGAGAUUUUGGACUAUUCUACAAGAAGGGUGACCAGACAAAUCUCGUAGGUUUUACAGACAAUGAUUAUGCUAGAGAUUUGGAUGACAAAAAAAGCACUUCUGGGUAUAUUUUUAUGUUGGGAUCUGGUGUAGUUUCAUGGUCUUCAAAGAAACAGCCAAUUGUGACUUUGUCCACAACAGAAGCAGAGUAUGUGGCAGCGACUUCUUGUGCUUGUCAAGCUAUUUGGUUGAGAAGAGUUCUUGAAGAACUUGAGCUGAAUCAACAUGAGGCCACUUCAAUUUAUUGUGAUAACAAUUCAACUAUCAAACUUUUUGGAAAUCUGAUUCUGCAUGGGAGAAGCAAGCAUAUACAUGUGAGGUAUCAUUUCUUGUGCAACUUGGUAGAAGACGAAACAAUUGAGUUGACUUAUUGCAGAACAGAAGAUCAAGUGACUGAUAUAUUCACAAAACCCCUCAAACUAACAGUUUUUUCAAAACUGAGAGAGUUACUUGGUGUUUGCAGCAUGCAGAAUUCAGUUUGAGAGAAGAGAAGGAAGUGUACUUUUUUCCAUACGUUUGCUGUCGUAUUUGCAUGAUCAAAACGGAAUUGUUUUCAGGUAGUGAUCUUCAGCCCCCCAAAACGGUGCUUUCUUGAUGAAAACAUUCAUGAAGCUACAUUUGAAUUGUCAGUAAAAUUGAGAUUAUUCU